AUGCAGUGUUAUGUGAAUUUUGGUCCAGCUCUAUGGCAUAGUUGUGAAAAAACCAUCCUCAAUCAACAUGAAAAAUUAUUUGAUACUAAUAAACCUUCAAUUGCAAUUGGUGUGAAACCACACGCAAUAAAAACUCUCGAUCAUCCUCCACCAACAUCUAAACCAUUUUAUACUACUCCAACACCUGCAUUACUUGUACCCAAACAUGAUGGUACUUGGCGAAUGGUAGUAGACUAUAAGAAGUUAAACAAUAUUACAAUUAAAGAUAAUCAUCCAUUACCCAAUCUGGAACAAGCAAUCCAAAUAUUAGGUGAUGGUUAUAAAUUCUUUUCGAAACUCGACAUGAAAAGUGGGUUUUGGCAAAUUCCAAUUGAAGAAGAAGAUAAACAUAAGACUGCAUUUAUCACCACUGAAGGUCUUUAUGAAUGGAAUGUUUUAACUCAAGGAUUAAAAAAUAGCCCACCAUCUUUUCAACGAGUAAUGACCGAUAUAUUAUCUACAUGUCGACAAUUUUCAUUGGUUUAUAUUGAUGAUAUCGUGGUGUAUUCUCGUUCAUUUGAAGAACAUCUCAAUCAUCUUGCACAAGUAUUAGCUGCUUUAUCAAAACAUAAUUUUCAACUUAAUCCGGUCAAAUGUAAUAUUUUUCAUCAACGCAUUGAUUAUCUAUCUCAUACGAUAUCUGAAUUUGGUGUUAAACCUAAUAAUGAAAAAAUUCAAGCAAUUAUUAAAUUGAGGGAACCUUCUACAUUAGCAGAAGCAAAUAAGUUCCUGGGUGAUGCACAACAACAAGCAUUUUUACAAUUAAAAGAAUUAUUAAUUAAAUCCCAAUUAUUUCUUAAUUUUCCAAAUGAUAAUUAUCCACUUAUACUGACAACCGAUGCAUCGAAAGUGGGUAUAGGUGGUACAUUACAACAAAAUAUUGAUGGUGAAAUUAAUAAUUUAUAUUAUCAUUCUCAAGUUACGACUUCCAUACAACGACGAUAUGAUCCUAUUGAAUUAGAAGCAUUGGCUAUAUGGUUAUGUUUUCAACGUAUGCGAUCUUACUUGCUUGGUAGAUCAAUAAUAAUUUAUACUGAUCAUUGUCCUUUAUGUAAAAUGAUGAAUUCAACCAUCAAGAAUCGUAGAGUAGAUCGUAUAUCUAUUUUAUUACAAGAAUAUAACAUUGAAAAAAUUAUUCACAUUAAAGGUCACAAUAAUUGUUUAGCCGACUAUUUAUCUCGUCAUCCAAUACAAUAUGAAGAAGAUAUAUUUGAUGUAGAUUAUGGUAUAAAUAUGUUAUUUCAAGGGGAACCACUGGAAAUGGUGCAUGUUCCUGAAAACAAUUCUCAAAUCGUUGGUGCUGUUGUCACACGUUCAAAGAUGAAACAAAUAGCACAACAACAAGAUCAAAUUCAUGUAACUAUACCAUCAAUUACAAAUGAUAAAUCAUCUUCAUCAAGUCAAGAAAAAAUUGAACAUUCAGAUGAAGUUACGUCAGAUUUAAUUACAUCUAAUAAUUUUGAUAUAACUCAAAUCAAAAUUGAACAAGCAAAAGAUCCAAUUAUUCAAAAACAAUUGAAGAAAUUAUGA